CUUCUCCAAGAUUCUAUCUUCGCCGCCUCUCUCUCCUCUUUGACCAUCCCUCCAUUCACACGUGUAUUAAUAUGACAGAAUAUCGAUCGCCGGCGAUGAAUAUCUGGUCGGACGACAAUUUAUCCACAAUUGAAACCUUCAUGUCUUCAGAUCUAACCACUUUUUGGCCUUCGCCGGAGAACCCAAAAACACUUAACCAAGAUUCAGUUCAGCAACGUCUACAAGCUUUAAUUGAAGGCGCCGGUCAAAACUGGACCUAUGCUAUCUUCUGGCAAUCUUCUUCAUCUGAGUUAGGAUGGUGUGAUGGAUACUACAAGGGUGAAGAAGAUAAAGGAAAAAAGAAAUCUUUAUCAUCUUCUUCGCCGGAAGAACAGGCGCACCGGAAAAAUGUUCUCUUGCAACUCAAUUCAUUAAUUUCUGGUGGAUCUGAAUCUGCUGAUGAACCUAUUGAUGAAGAAGUGACGGAUACAGAGUGGUUUUAUUUACUUUCAAUGACUAAAUCAUUUGAAAACGAUGAUGGUCUUGUUGGAUUGGCGUUUAUUAAUUCGAGUGCUGUUUGGAUUGCUGGAGCUCAACAACUUGCUGGAUCUUCGUGUGAGAGAGCUCGUCAAGGUCAAGUAUUUGGUUUGCAAAGUAUGGUUUGUAUUCCUUGUUUUAAUGGUGUAGUUGAAUUGGGUUCGACUGAAUUGAUUUUACAGUCGUCGGGUUUGAUUAAUAAGGUUAGAUUUCUGUUUAAUUGUAAUAGCCCUGAUUUGGGUUCUUGGCCGAAUCCGAUUAUUAAUCAAGAAAACAACAACCCAUCAACGAUUUACCUUAAUGAAACACCAUCCAUGGUUGUUGAAGGUCGUACUGAAAACCCAUUACAGGGUCAAGCACAGAAUCAAAUGCUAAUUCCAUAUGUUUCUGCUAAAGAAUUGAAUUUCUCGGGAAAUGGGUAUGACAGAAAUGAAUGCAAAAAUGAAAAAUCCGGUGAGAUCUUGAGUUUUGCUGGUUUUUCCGGUCAAACCCAAAUGGUUGCUCCGGUGGAGAAGAACAAGAAGAAAUUGCUUCCGGCGGAUGAAGGAAUGCUAUCCUUCACCUCCCCAAUGAUCUUACCUUCUUCAACAACAACCGGCGGCGUGGAUUCCGAUCAGUCUGACUUAGACGUAUCAGUAAUUCGAGAAACAAGUAGCAGUAAAGUUGCAGAGCCGGAAAAGAAGCCAAAGAAACGGGGAAGAAAGCCGGCGAACGGUAGAGAAGAACCAUUAAAUCAUGUUGAAGCAGAAAGACAGAGGAGAGAAAAACUAAACCAGAAAUUCUAUGCAUUAAGGGCAGUUGUUCCAAAUGUAUCAAAGAUGGAUAAAGCAUCCCUUCUCGGUGAUGCAAUUUCAUACAUAAACGAGCUUAAAUCAAAUCUUCAAAAUGGAGAUUACAUGAAAGAUGAACUGGGUAGUCAAAUUGAGGCUUUGAAGAAAGAAAUAGCUAGUAAAGAAUCCGACCAUGAGUUAAAGAUGGUAAAUUUGAAGCUAACGGAUGUAGAGAUUGAUGUGAAGGUAAGUGGAUUGGAUGCAAUGAUUCAGGUACAAAGUGGGAAGAAGAAUCAUCCUCCUGCUAGGGUUAUGUCAGCCAUUAAAGAACUGGAUCUUGAGGUACAAUAUGCUAGUGUCUCGAUUGUUAAUGAGGUUAUGCUUCAACGGAUAGCUGUAAAAAUGGGGAGCAGAUUCUAUACACAGGAAUUGCUUAAGCAGGCCCUAUUUUCUAAAUUAGUUUAGCUUUUAGUAUAGUGUAGUUUGAGCUAUGAUAUGAUGAUUGGAAUUGUCAAUUUUGAUAAUUUAAUGUCUGAAAAUCAGUGAUGUACAUAAUUGAAUCAAAUCUCCAAUCCAAUAUAGUAUUAUUGUAGUUUGGAUUUUAUGUUAUUCUUGUU